UCCUUAUUCCCUGGGUCUGCCACAGACACACCGAAACCAAAGGGACAAGAUGACUAGCCAGUCUCAGGGAAUCCAGCAACUUUUGCAGGCAGAGAAACGUGCCAAGGACAAACUUGAAGAAGCCAAAAAGAGAAAGGGAAAGAGGCUAAAGCAAGCCAAAGAAGAAGCCAUAGCAGAGAUAGACCAUUACAGAUUACACAGAGAGAAGGAUUUCCGACAAAAGCAAACCAAUAUAAUGGGCUCUCAGGGUAACCUAUCAACAAAAAUAGAUGAAGAAACUGCAACAAAAAUCCAGGAUCUCACUAGUAACUACCAUAAGAACAUGGAAAGCAUGAUAGGACAUCUUUUGAACAAGGUGUAUGACAUCAAUCCAGAAAUCCACCCAAAUUAUAUAUAUACUAUUUAAACCAUUUUGUGGAAAUGUUUCAGAAAGCACACUGAUGGCUUUGCCAUUAGACAGGGUGAUGUGGUUUACCUCAACUGGCGGUUUAUAAAGUACCAUUAAAGGACAGAAUAAAGUCAGUCAUUAUAUUUUUAGCACAAGCAAGAAUUGGGUAGCUAUUUGAAUAUUCCAAAUCUAGGAUCAAAAUUGUCUUGUGCUCUUUUUUGUGCAGAAGAUAUAAUUUCCCUGAUAUUUGUCAUUUUCUACAUUUUUACUCUGUAUGUUAGAAACUGCAAGCCAAAAAAGCACGUAGGUUUGUGAUGUGACUCGUUCUCUCAAGGUUUCACGCAAGCAUUUGGUGGAAUGGAUUUCCUCCUCUUCCCCACCCGCCCCCUUUUUUUCCUGAUAACAAGGAUUUGCAGUGCCAUCCUGAGCAGAUUUACACCUUUCUAGGACCACAAAAGUUAACGAUCUUAGAAUGGUAUAACUCUGUUUAGGAUUGCAUUGUUUGUCGCUUAAAUAUGGGCAAUGGUGGAAUAAGGAAUUGUUUGACACCAGCAGCUUUUCAGUGGGUGUCUUUUUCUUCUUUACUUAUGUUCUCUACUACUUUAAAAAAAUGUUCUGUAUGA